AUGCCAGCAAUUUCACCAACUUUAUUAGCUAGUUUACAAGAGUAUACUAAAAAUAUUAGAAACAUUUGCAUAUUGGCACAUGUUGAUCAUGGUAAAACUACUUUAUCAGAUUGUUUAAUAUCUAGCAAUGGUAUUAUUUCACCACAGAUGGCAGGUAACCUAAGAUACUUGGAUUUUCUUGCAAGUGAGCAGGAAAGAGAAAUUACAAUGAAAGCAAGUGCUAUCUCAUUAUUAUUCCAAAAGAAAUGCGAAGAAGACGAAACAAAACAAGAUUCUUACUUAAUUAAUUUAAUUGAUUCACCAGGACAUGUCGAUUUUUCAAGUGAAGUUUCAACAGCAGUUAGAAUUACAGAUGGUUCAUUGGUUUUAGUAGAUGUGGUUGAGGGCGUUUGCAUUCAAACUCAUGCAGUAUUAAAACAAGCAUAUCAAGAAAAAGUUAAGCCAUGCUUAGUAUUAAACAAAAUCGAUCGUUUAAUUUUAGAGUUACAUAUGACUCCAUUAGAAGCCUAUCAACAUUUAUGUAAAAUUAUUGAACAAGUUAAUGUUAUCACUGGUACUUUAACAUCCGAGGAAAUUAUUUUAAAAGAGUCUUCAGAAGAUUAUAUCAGUGAAGAGGUAACUACUGAAGAAGAUACCGCCGAACAUGGUAAUGAAUAUUAUUUUUCACCACACAAGGGUAAUGUUGCUUUUACAACUGCUUUUGAUGGAUGGGGUUUUACAACCAAACAAUUUGUAAAUUUUUGUCAUAAAAAAACUGGUAUUAAAAAAGUUAUAUUAGAAAAAUGUUUAUGGGGUGAAUAUUAUUACCAUCCAAAAGAAAAAAAAAUUUAUAAAUCACAAAAAGGUAAUUUAAUGCCAAUGUUUGUUACAUUUAUUUUAAAUGUAAUAUGGGAGGUUGUUAAGACUAUUGCAGGCACACCAGAAUGGAUUGAUACAGAUAAAUUGGAUAAAAUAAUAGAGGUUUUAAAUAUAUCAGUUAGCCGAAGAGAUUUAGAAAGUAAAGAUCAAAAGAUUGUAUUAAAGGCCGUAUUACAAGCAUGGUUACCAUUAUCAGAUGCAGUUUUAGAUAUGGUUUGUUGUAAAUUACCUGAUCCAAUCGAGGGUCAAUCAAGAAGAAUGGAGAAGAUCUUUAAACCAUUAAAAUCUAGCCAAGUUACACAGGAAAUGGAAGAAAAGCAAAAGCAACUCUUAAAAGAUACUAUUGAUUGUAAUAAAUCAGAUGACAGUGAAAUUGUUGCAUAUGUUGCAAAAGUUUUCCCUCACAAUAAAAGAGGUGUUAGUACUUCAACUGUCCACAGACCAGUCCCACCAAGAAGAGUUCAACCUUCUGCUGUACCAUCAAACAGACAAGUUCAACAAAAUCCAAAUACUAAUAACACCACUCCUAAUAAUACCACCAAUGAAAAUAAGGACGACCCACAAUCAUCAUCACCCACUCAAACAGAAACCACCACAACAGAGUUAGAAAGUGAAAUUAAAAAUUUAGAAAUCUCAAAAUCAAAACCAUUACACCAAAUCCCAAUUGUAACCAGCAAACCAAGCAAUACUGAAGAAGAGUUUAUUGCAGUUGUUAGAGUAUUCAGUGGUACAUUAAAGAAAGGUAAAUUUGUUUAUGUAAUGGGACCACGUUAUGACCCAUUAAAUCCAACUCAUGAUGUUUAUCAAGUUGAAAUUACUCAAUUAUAUUUAUUAAUGGGCAGCUGUAUAGAACCAAUUGAACAAGUCCCAGCAGGUAGUAUUUGUGGUAUUGGUGGUGGUAUUGGUAAUUUGGUUUUAAAGAGUGCCACCAUUUCAAGUAGUUUAAUGUGCCCACCAAUCUCCAGCAUGAUGUUUGUCUCAUCACCAAUUGUCAAAGUUGCUAUUGAACCAGAGAAUAUUAUGGACCUACCAAAGCUUCUUCAUGGUUUAAAACUUUUAAAUCAAGCCGAUCCAUUAGUAGAGGUAUAUGUACAAGAAACUGGUGAACAUGUUAUCGUAGCAUCGGGUGAGUUGCAUCUAGAACGUUGUAUUUCUGAUCUUAAAGAAUCUUUUGCUAAAAUUAAUGUACAAGUUUCAUCACCCAUCGUUCCAUUCAGAGAGACUAUUGUGCAGCCAAGUAGUGACCCAAAUAUAAAAUCAUUUUCACCACCAAAAAUCCAUAAAGAGACUAUUGUUGCUAAAACUGCAAAUAAAAAAGUUUCAAUUAAAAUUAAAGCAAUUCCAUUACCAAAAAAUGUUACAAAUCUUAUCGAACAACGUUCUGCAACUCUUCGUGAUAUUUUCUUGGGUGGUAAGAGUGCAAAUAAGGAGUUAUCGGAUUCAAAAACUGCUAAAAAAGAAGCUGAAGAUGCAGAAAGAGAAGAGUUCCAAAAAGUAUUAUUUGAAGAACUAGAAAAAGCAGGAGAAGAAUGGAAAAAUGAAAUCGAAAAUAUUUGGUCAUUCGGUCCAAGACAUAUCGGUCCAAACUUACUUUUAAAUCAUAUUCCAGGUUAUAGUAAAUCAAGUUAUUGGAUUCAUGCAUUAAAAAGAGGUAUUCAAAAGAAAUUAAAAAAACAACAAGAUGAUGAUGAUGAAAGCAAAGAGGAUAAGGAAAUAGAAGAAGAUGCAGAUACAGAUAAAGAGGAUGAUAAUAAUGACGAAGAUGAUAAUAGUGAAGAUACUCAAGAUGAAGAAUCAGUUACCUCUGAAAAUAAAUUAUUAGAAGGCGAAGAAAAGUUCAAAAGGAUUUUCGAACUUGAUAAUAGUAUUGUAUCAGGUUUCCAACUUGCUACCAUUGCAGGUCCAUUAUGUGAUGAGCCAAUGAUGGGUGUUUGUAUGAUUGUAGAAGAUAUUGAAGUUCAAGAUAUCGAGCAAAAUUCAGAUUCAUAUGGUCCAUUAUCUGGUCAAAUGAUUUCAGCAGUUAAGGAGGGAUGUAGAAUGGCAUUCCAAACUAAACCACAACGUUUAAUGGAGGCUCUUUACCUUUGUGAAAUUCAAGUAACUUCCCUUGCUUUGGGUAAAAUGUAUUCAGUAUUAGGUUCAAGAAGAGCUCAAAUUCAAAAAGAAGGUGUUAAAGAAGGUACUCAAAUAUUUUGUAUUCAAGCUCGUUUACCUGUAGUCGAAAGUUUUGGUUUUAGCGAACAAAUUAUGAUUAAAACUUCAGGUGCUGCAAGUACUCAAUUAUUCUUUGACAAUUACUGGGAAACCAUUGAGCAAGAUCCAUACUACGAACCAACUACCGAAGAAGAGUUAGAAGACAAUGGUGUAAAUGUUGCAAGUUUAGGUAAUAAUAUAGCUCGUCAAUAUAUGAAUAUGAUCCGUAAGAGAAAAGGUCUUUUUGUUGAAGAAAAAUUAGUUGAAUUUGGUGAUAAACAAAGAACACUAAAGAAGAACAAAUAA